CAUCGCUCUACAGUACAAAAUGAUAUCCAGUUUUUUGCCAACUGCUAUCAAAUUUCACUACAUCUUUAACCUAAGAGACAUGUCCAAUAUCUUCCAGGUAUUUAAAAAUAUGUUGUAAUUUACACUAGAAUCUAGAAUGAAAGGUGUUUGGUGGAAUAAGCACCAGCAUUCUUUAAAGUUAUUAAAUUCAAAUCACAGGUCCUAAGUUUUUAUUUGAAAUCUUUUGUAUUGGUUUUUGUGUUUUUUUUUACACAAAGUCCUGCUUCAGUUGUAACUGACUCAUGUGAUUGAAGUUAGAUCAUAUCUUUGCAAAAUAAAUUCAAAUUUCAUACUAAAGUAAAACUGUCAAUCUUUCAUUUGUAGACUUGAACUUAAAUUUUCUGUUAGCCCCCGAAAACCUGGCUCAGUAAUUGAGUUAUUGAGAAAAAUACCUGAUAAAUUUUCUUGCACAAAUUAAUCUGCACAGCAUGCUGGAGACAUCCUCAAAAGAAACACUGUAAAAAAAACUAAAUGCCUUGGUAAAAAGAGGGCUUGAGAUAACUGUCAUAUCCCACUUAAUAUUUCAACAAUCUAUGACAUUUUCAGGGCAUGUUGUUUGCUGCUGCAGAGACAUGUAGGACUCCAACACAUCUGGUCAGGUUAUACUUUCAUGAAGCUGAGAGGGUUUACAAGGACAAACUUGUGGAUGACAAUGACAUUGAGCUGUAUGAGAAGUUUCAUACUGAAAUCAUUAAAAAAAACUUUGAGGUCUGUUGACAGAAUUUAUAUUUCAUUGCACUGUUUCUAAUACAAGUAAAAGAAAAAUGGAAUACAAGCUGGUUACUAAACUAAAAUUAAUUGAGACUGUAAUGUGUCAAGUAAUCACACAGUUUAAAAUAUAUGUCAAGUAGGGAAAACAGAAUCUGUUUAAAACAGUAAAAUAAGUUUUUUUUAAGGGAAGACAAAAAGUUUUAUAAUGCUCACAAAAAGUUUUAAAGAAAUGAUAAUUUUAGCAAAAUUCCUUUGUAAAAUUUUAAGCCCAUAAUUAUGAAAAACCGCCAGUAAUUACUUUCACCAACUUUUAAAAGGAUCAAAAAGAAGAGGCAGUGAAUGAGAAGCCCCUGAUCUGCUGCCAUUUUGCCAACGGUGUGGGUGAUGCCGUGUAUGGGUUUAUUACUGGUUGGCCGCAAAUCAACAAAAUUCUCUCAGACGUCCUUGACAGUUACAAUGAAUUGAAUGCCGCCAUGAACUUGGUACUCUUUGAAGAUGCCAUGUCCCAUAUCUGUCGAAUUAACCGCAUCCUUGAAUCCCCU